AUGCAAGAUUUCGAAAGCAACCCAGACGCUCUGGAAAUGUCUUCUCCAAUCAACGUUCUCUUCUCACCGGCCAAUAAAUCGCGACCACCGGGACAGCCACACCCACCUAUGAAACACAGAUUUGCUCAAUCCAAGCUGCCAGCAUCUUUGCCAACCCUGUAUCCAGACGAAGAGAACAGUCCACUCCCCGAUCCAAACUGGUACACACAUGAACAGCAACAACAAAAGAAGAGUCACNUACCAAACAUUCUGCACCUCAGACGUCGCAUUGGUGGACGUAAAGCUCAUUCUGGCUCUCGAGUGAUGGAACAAAAUACACAAUCAUUUGAUUCCCCCCAAUACCCUGGUUCCUCUGGACGUUCUCAAUCUCGAAAUCCCGUGUUCACCUUUGACUGA